AGAACAAUGACUAACAUGGUAACAGAGAUUGUUGCUUUUCUGCUUACCAUAUCUGGCUGGGUUCUAAUCUCCUCCACGCUGCCCACUGACCACUGGAAAGUGUCCUCCGUAGAUGGAACUGUCAUAACUACAGCAACCUUUUGGUCCAAUCUCUGGAAAACAUGUGUUACAGAUUCCACUGGAGUCUCCAACUGCAAGGACUUUCCCUCCAUGCUGGCUUUGGAUGCUUAUAUUCAGGUGUGCCGUGGACUCAUGAUCUCAGCUGUGUGUCUGGGUUUCUUUGGAGCCAUUUUGGCCCUGGUGGGGAUGAAAUGCACAAAGAUAGGGGGCUCCGAGACCACCAAGGCCAGAAUAACCUGCCUGUCUGGACUGCAUUUUAUCCUCAGUGGUGUCUGUUCAUUGACGACAUGUUCAUUAUAUGCACACAGAAUCACCUCUGAGUUUUUUGACCCUUUAUUCGUGGCACAAAAGUUUGAGCUGGGGGCUGCUCUCUUUAUUGGCUGGGCAGGAUCUGUGCUCUGCAUCCUGGGGGGCUUUAUUUUCUGCUUCUCCAUGAGUGAAGGCUUCAGCAUGAGGGAAUACUCCUACAAUGGAGCCACUUCAUUCUUACCAACUCAAAACAAAAAGAGCCCUGGUCCUCAUAAAGAUGCAGCUGAUCAAAGCAGCUCUGCCAGACAGUUUGGGAGGAACGCCUAUGUGUGA